AUAAGUGACAUGCAUCAAUAAGUAUUUACCCUUACCAAAAUAAUGUAGAUUGAUGUUAUCAAAUAAAUUAGUAUGCUUUUCUUCAUCAACUUUUCAAUGAAAUAAAACAAUUUUUGUAGCAUGUAAUUUGGUAAACAUUUGAAGAAAAUGGCGUAACUGCAUCAAGGGGAAACAACUUUAAUGCAACUAAAUAUAAGUGUUAUGAUUUAUUAUAGACGAUGUGUGCGUAGUAUGUAUUUAUUUUGAUUAAAAUCCAUCUGAGAACAAUCUAGGACUGAAAUUAUAUAAGCAUUUAUACACUUUUACGUCCGUAAAAAGAAGCACACCAAAAAAUUUUGGAUUGAUUUUUUCCUCUGGGGCGAGCGCAAUUAGCCAAAAACGUUCUGAAAAUAUACGAGCGGCAAAUCCGAUGAACAACUUUUUAAUUUGGUGAGGCCUUAAUGAGUUAACAUAAUGAGCAUUUAAGCCUUUAUAAAACAUGAUAGAAUGGUGUUUUGCUUAAGAGUAUUCAAAUAACAGUGAGAGCUAUUCAUUCUUCUCAUUCGGGCGCUGUUGAGGCAUUAUCUUGGUAAUUAUUUCAUGUAUUACAAAAUGUAAUGCAACGAAGUUCAAAUAAGGCUUUUCAAUUAUCCAAGUUAGAAAGCUCCAGGAUUAAUUCAAAAUGAAAAAGAAUAUAUUUUUACACUGCAUGCAAGGUGCAGCUCAGAAAUCACUAAGAUGUAAGCUUCACAAAUGAACAUUGCAAAUAGUUUGGCAAAUUUUCAUUGUUCAGAAUGCCGGUAAUCUGAACUAUUCUAUGCUGUUAAGAUAAAAGUUACUCGGAAAUCCAGUUCUUGCUUCCAAAAAAAAAAAAAUGUACAAAUCCUUCCUGCAUCAAGUGUACUUCAGACUUUUUAAAGUAUAAACACCAAAAGAAAAUGAACAAGUCCCUCCCGCGUAUAUGAAGUUUACUUCAGACUUUAACUUAUAAAAAAAAACUAAGUAUAAAUGCCAAAAGAAAUUGUACAAGUCUUUCCCGCGUAUAUGAAGUGUACUGCACAAAUUUCAAAGUAUCUGCGGUGUACAUGCAGUGUACUAUUUUCUUGUACAAGUCCCUCCUGCAUACAUGCAGUGUACUCCUUAAAUUUUCAGAGUCUGUGCUGCGUACUUGAAGUGUACUAGUGACCUCCUGCGUACAUGCUGUGUACUCGUUGAAAUAGUACGCGGCAUGUACGCGGCAUGCGGUGUAUGUAAAAUGUUCUCCUCUGGCGUACUACUGUGUUCGCGGCAUAUACACUGCAAAUACGCAGCAUGUACGCCACAGAGGCUUGCCUCUGUAAGGGAUAUGUUGUCUCCCUUCACAAAAUCACUUGUUCAGUGAAGUUCUGCACUAUUAAUGUAACACUUCAAUCUGUGUAGUUGGACGAGUUAAAAGUUUUCGUAGACUUUCGAAUAAAUAUGAUAUAAUUUUGUACACUGAAAAACCCCAUCAUAGCAAAAAGAUGACGCGAUCCCCUCCCCCACACACACAAAAAGAAAAAGAAAAACUGAACGGAAGGAAACAAAUGUAGGCUCUUGUCUCACUUAUUAACCACGAAAGGGUGAACAUUUUAGCACUUUGCGGUACUUUUAACGAAUGACUACGGGAAUCUAUUGCGGUUUACAUCCUGGUUGGACAAUAUUUCCAGUUUAAUUAAAUAAGUUCUAAGUAUUUCCGAAGGCGUACUUGAAGCUUUCGUCCGUGGUUUAACCUACUUUUCGCAAUUGUGUAGUGGCUUUUCUUAACAAAACAUCUGAAAUAGUACUUCUUUCUAGGAUUUAAAUAAGAUGUGCAAAAAUGCUGCUUUCAGAUAUGAUUUUCAGCUAUCCUAUCAAAAUCUGACUUAGGGUAUAUGUGUCUCCACUGACAUGAUUGAUGUGCUGCAAAUAUCUUAUCAUGAUUCAUGGGGUCAUUCUAUAAAUGAACGUUAGAUAUGGUAGUGUAUCCAGUAUAAAAGUGGAAUAAUUAGGUACUAGUUGUUUAAAAUUAAAAUGGAAUCGAUCACGAAAUACAGUCGUUGGAUGUCACAUUUACCGCAGUGGGUAACAAAUGUACCGAUCAGCUGUUUAGCCAUACCAGGGUCUCACAAUUCCGGCACCAGUGACCUUGACCCUGCAUUGGGCACUGCCAUGGACCUAACGCCCAGUGAACAGAGGCUGGGAAACUCGUGUUGUGAUCAAAGAGUUAUACACAGAUGGACAAAGACACAGAAUUUGAGUAUUAGCGAGCAGCUGCAUGCAGGGGUACGAUACUUUGACUUUAGAGUGGCGGUACACCCGGACACAAUGGAGUUUAGAUUCGUGCAUGGAUUAUAUGGCGGUCUUGUGCCCCUGGCUUUACGGGAUAUAAACACAUUUCUUAAUCAAAAUCCAUACGAAGUAGUCGUUUUAGAUUUCAAUCAUUUCUACAACAUGAACCAGACUGCACACCACAUGCUUCUAGCGGAGGUACGAAAUAUUUUUGGCCAUAAAAGUGUACCUCCGCCCUUCUCUACCCCAAACUAUAAGAUGUGGGGUACAAGCCUCAGAGCCUUGUGGCAGACACCAUACAGGGUUAUAACUAUAUACCAGGAUGAUAAUAUUGUUCAGUAUCCAGGAAUAUGGGCUGCAAGUACAAUAAAAUCUCCUUGGGCAAACACGGGUGACCUUGCAGCUCUUAUCAGGUUCCUUGAAGCGAAUUACUCGAAUAAACUCAGGUACAAAAAUGACUGUCUAUACGCGUGGCAAGGUAUACUCACUCCGAGUCAUAAACACAUUGCCCUUAACCUCGGUUUGAGUCUAGAAGAAAACAUGGCUUCCAAAGCAACACGUGAGUUUGUCAAAUGGUUGAAAAGCGGGAAAGUUCCAGGUCCGCAAGGAAUAAAUAUAUGUAUCGCCGAUUUUAUUGAGAAACAUGACUUUAUACAGACAGUGGUAGGGCUAAAUCAGACCAUUACGGAAAUACCGACAACAUUUUGAAAAAUUGUUUAUUCAAAGUGCAAUAUAAAUCAUUUCCUUGUUGUGUAUUCAUGUUAACGUUAGAAUUAAGACCGCGGACACAUAAAGAUCACUAUCUUAUUGAAUGAAAGCUAAUAGAUAUUACUGAUUUUCUAAGCAUGGUCUUUACAUUCAAAUUUGUGCAAAACAGCAUCAGUGACCUCUAAGGACUACUAGUUUCAUAUGGAAAUGAAUCAUUUCUGUUUAUUUUAACUUGUGGAUAAAUAAGAGGAAAUAUGACUAUUUUAAGAGCAUCCAUUUAACAGUGAAGAAUUUCAGUAAUAUAUCUUGUAGCAUGUAAAUGUAGUACAAGUUACUUUAAAAGAUGAUGGACACUAACCUAAGGGAGUAAAAGCAUGAAUGGGUCAGUUGGGAAGUUAUUUGAUAAGAACUUUGAAACAGUGCUUGAACACUUGAACUGCUGAUUAAACUCGUGAGAUUAUUCCGCGGACAUAUAACCUCAUUGUGUAUUUGUAACGUUGAAACACGGUUUUUCUAUAUUAUUUCUUAAAUAAAAUAAUGCAUAAAUUCCUUUCAAGAAAUUUUACAACAUUAAGAAACGUUACCUCAGAUAUUUAAGUUUUGGCUUUUUAGCUAAAAUAAAAUUAUUUUUUGUUCUCAAUGAUGAUAAUUUGGUGUACACAAAAUUUGAUAUACCGGUAUUUAAAUGUAAAGUGUAUAUCCAAAAAUGACAAAUUACAUAAAAAUGUUAAAUUGGUGUGUGUGUGUGUGUGUGUGUGUGUGUGUGUGUGUGUGUGUGUGUGUGUUCGAGUUUAACGUCUUUUUCAACGAUUUUUCAGUCAUAUAAACGACGGUGUCUACUUGUAGCAGUGAGCACAAUGCCCAACUUUAUAGUCUGCCUCACUGGAAUAUCACGCCGUAGAUACAUGACACGAUACCUAGUCUGUGUUCAGACCUUAUGUUUUGUUCGCAGGAGAUAACUCCUGAGGCAAUACAAAUUUCGUAUCAUUAUGUCCCUUUUAUUCUCAAAACAUACGGUCUGUGCAGAUCUGGUUUGAGCAUCUCCUGAAUCCUGGAGAUUGACCUUUAUCUAAGGUCAAGCUAUUACAGCUGAAAAUAAUCAUGUUACAUGACCUGGUGGUUCUGGGAUAUUUAUUGCCAUUCACACAUGUUUAUAAACGACCCAUUGACCUGUAGAUUACAGUGAGCACUUUGGUAAAAAUUAUUGAACUAGAAAGAAUACCUAAUGAAUAAUUGAUAUAUAGUGGAUUAAUGCUGUUGUUUAACUUUUUAUAUAUUAUGAUUGUAUUCUGUGUUUAAAUUUAAAUGAUUUUUUUAAAAAGAUGUUGCACAGAUGAAAAUGCUUCAUAUAAUAAUUCAUGUCUUAAUUGCUAAAAUAAGGAAAUGCUGAUUGUAAUCUACAAUGGAUAAGAAUACCCGGCAAUAGGAGUUUUAAGAACAGAACUAACACCUUCCUACAAAACAAAAAUCAUGUAUAAUGUGGGAAGAAGUGAAACUGCUCCCAAGAGACAAAAAGAAACUGACAACAGUUGGCAACCAAAACAAUGAUUUAUGUGUUUUAUGAAACAACUGAAAAAUAUAUCUGCCUAUCACUGA